AUGUCCUACUUCAGAAAAAACGAAGGAACCAUUGUGUUUACGUUGGCCAGUUUAGCGUUCAUAGCGUUUUACUGCAUCAAUUAUUGUUUCCGGCGAUGCAGAAAUCGAGACGUUGCUUUGGCGGCAGGGGACACCGAGGAGGCUGUAUUGAGUCCAAUUCGGCCACCGCGAGGGCUUGACGCAAAGGGCGUCCAGUCAAUUCCCUCGUUCAUUUACACAGAAGCUAAUGGGAUUGGGCCAGGACAUGGCGAGCUAGUAUGUGCGGUUUGUCUGAACGAAUACAAAGAGGACGAGAUGCUGCGUCUAAUACUACCUUGCGGACAUGUUUUUCAUGUUGACUGUGUGGACAUAUGGCUCUCUUAUCGCUCCACGUGUCCUAUUUGUCGUGCUGAUGUAAUUGUUGAUCCAGUCUAUUAG